CUGUACAUAAUCUAAAUGGCGUGACAUUAUAUGGCAAUCUGAUUCGCUGUAACUUCUCAAAACAUUUCCACAUUAAAAUAUCUGCACCCGAGCACCAGACAAAAAUGUCCACUGAAAAUAAUUCUGUCUUUAAUGGCACGACUUCAAAUGGACUUCAUACUGCCUCCACAAAUGACGCGAGUUCAACUACCCGAAGUUAUUCCAAUCAUAGAUUACAUCGAUACAAGCGGGCUUUUUCUCGAAACCAUCAAAAUAUCUACCCCCCGAGCUCCGUGCUGCACGUCUCUAAUCUGCCCGAAUCAACUACUGAGACAGAACUGUUAGAUGUCUUUCAAAUUUCCUGGCUUCAUGCCUUUCCUCUUGCUUAA